UACCUGCCAAAUCUAUUAUCUACAAACACAAACGAAAACCCGGGCAGACAACACUGUACCUUGCAGUACCACGCAACGUCCUAAACUAUUCAAGACCAACAGAAAUGAGAAAUGCCCAGUCGAUUGCAAAAACCUCGACCACGUCCUACGCCCAGUCGCGAUCCUUCGGAUCCCCUACAGGAGGACAUUGAAAACCAGUCCGCAUACCUAUAUACUGCACCGUCAGAUGCUAGUCCUAGAACAAAGCCGGCGUAUGCUUCCUACGGCCUGACAAACACAAUGAAUACCUUCAGCACGACCCCCGAAUCCAAAUACAACCCCUAUGCUAAUCCUAGCUUCUCACCUAACGGCAACAAGAUCCCCUCGACUAUUCGAACCGUUCCCAGCUUCGAGGCGCCCUCGGAUGCCUCUUCGUUAGACUCCCCAUCUGCACGAAACAGCGGGUUCUCUAGUUCCGUCAAUAGCAAUGUUAGCGGCACAUCAUACCAUUCUCAACAACCAACGCAAAGUACCUCCACCGUCAGAUUAAAACCGCAGUCGCCUGGCCUGUCGCCACCGUUGCCGAUAUCGCAAAGUGGAAGUUCAUACAUGUCUACAAGCGAUGCGACUUCUGGGGAGAUGGAGAUGACAGACGAGCCGGCCCUCUCUUUACAGGUCCCUGAGACCAACAUGCUUGACGACCGGUCAAAUAGAGCUCUCGAUAGCUCGCCGCAAUGGGACGGCGCUGUAGGCAAAGCCGGUCUGGGGAAGACGGGCCGGGUCAUUAAUAAGCUCGUGUCCGACAACGAGGCGUUAAAGCGGGAUAUUCAGAUCGAGAGGUUAAAGGCUGAGGAGGCAAGACAAGCCGCGAAAUUAAUCGAGGAUAAGAUGGAAAGAAUGGUGGCGGACUACGAAACUCGGUUAUUAGAGGCCAACGUAACCAAGACGCUGCUAAGUCGCAAGGAGCGUCAGGUAGAGCACCUACAAUCGGCAGUCGAAUUGGAGAAAAAACGAACGGCAGAUGCUCAAGAGCGCGAGCGGAUAUGGCGCGAAGAAGUGGAAAAGAGCCGCCGUGAUACAAAGGUUCAAGUAGAGGAGGCUAACAUGCACGCGGCGCUGAUGGACGGCAGAUACAAUGCCAUCUCGUCACACUGGAAAGAUCAAGGUGACGAAGUGAAGCGGGCGAUGGCAGGCCUCGAUGACAAGAUUAAAUCAUUGGUCAAUGAGCGCAAGACGGACGAUGAAAAGAUCAAUGUUCUCCGCGAUUUAUGCGACCAGCAAGACGGAAACAUUCGAGACCUCCAAAGGCAAAAGGAGGAAAUCGCUCGGCAAUUCGAGGCUUACAAACGUGAACAAGAACAAGCAUUGAGGGACAUCAAGACGAAGGCACGAGAAAGAGAAGAUGAGCAGCAGAGAUCACUUGAAGAAGCGAAACGGGUACUUGGUCAACUCAAAUGGGCGUUGAACGUGAAGCAAACCGUGAAGGAUGCCCAAUAAUAGAUUACCCAGCCCGCCGCACCUCUUCCAAUCACCCGAACGAUGUGGACGUAUCAUGGAUUUCACGGGCUUAUAGCUUUCCUUCGGGCCAAUUUUCUUUUCUCUGUAUCGUGUCUAGUGGAAUUACGGCUUUG